AUGUGUCCACAACUCCACACCAUUCUCAUUCCACACCCUAAACUCAACUUUAUUAUUCCCACACUCGCACAAAAAAAUUAUUUUUACAUAUUUUUAUAUAUUUAUCCCUUCGCCAGGAAUUGGAUUCCAACACUUUUCAACACCCUUUCACAGCUUCACAUUGUCGUGCCGGAGUCUCAUUUAACACAUUCUAACCUAAAAUUUUUAUUCCCUCAUGUGACGAGUUUUCUCAAUGUUCUGUGCCAGUGUGUGAUCUCAAGUCUGGAUUCCACCUAG